UUAAAUAGUUCCCAUGCAACUUACAGGCAGUUCACCCUUGUGACUGCUUCUUUUAAUUUCCAUUUAACUUGGUUUCUUAUUUUUGUAUCGUUCAGGGAAUUUAAGCUACGCGCACUGAUAACCAAAGCCACUAUAUACUUGCAUUGCUGUAACCCUUUUAUCUUCCCCAAUAUUCAGUACCUUCCUUGUGAAGUCGUAAUAAAGGGCCCAAUCCUGCAAACCUGUGCUCGUGGGAUUACUUAUGUGAAUCAGGGGGUUGCAGAAGUGGCCCCUUUGCACCCAAUUGUACUCCCAUUUCAGUCAGUAGGGAUGUUCCCACUGACUUCAGUAAGAGCAUGAUUGGGCCAUCAUGCUACUACGUGCUACCCUGGUGUACAUACCUUUAAUGCAGUGACUGCAGAUUUACACAGGUGUAAAUGAAAUCCAGCUUUGCCCUUUGGUCGCCUUUUUGUGUGGAGGGCAUCAUGCACCGUAUGUCAGCGUGUAAAUAACAAUAAAAUCCUGCCUGGCUAUGUGCGGUUUCCACAGCCACGCCUCUGGCAAAUAAGGUUUGAGUUUAACCCUGUAAUGAUGACUGUGAUGGUCUAUACUAUGACUACCUUUUGCCAUCCAGAACGGGCUUCCUACUCCAUUUUCUACGGAUCAAACUCAGGCCUGCAAAGCAAAUGUGAAUAGCAUCACAAGAGGUAGUAAUCUUUCUGCAGCUGUAACCACAGGAGCAAACCAGAAAAUGCAGCAUUUGCUUAUUUCUUACAUCCUAUUCUGGACUGGUACAGCUAAGAGCACAGUUUAUUAUGCUAAUUAUCAGGCAUUUCCAUUCUGUUGGGGUGUUCUUCACUCACAAUGAUCUGGAAAAGUUCCGGAUGUUCAUAUGUCACUGAGUAGCAUCAAACCAUGCUUGGAUGAGUUAUUAGUGGAGAUAGAUGGCCUAAGGUGAACCCAGAUCUAUUUCCUCCUCCUUAAAACUCUCCCCUGCUGUCAGCCUAUGAUCAGCUACCAGUGAGUGGGCAAGUGGUGCGAUGAAACUGCUGCGUAUCGUGGAUAACUUCUUGCUCCUUUCACUGUCACCUCAUCUUCCCCUCACCCCUCCUCCCUAUUUGUUUUGCUUAUCUACCUGUUGUGUCUGGUUACCAAGACUGGUAUCUCAUUGUGGCUGACCUUUUAUUGUAUGCCUGUGCAGCGACUAGCGUAAUGAGGCCUUAAUCCUUGAUUGGUUCCCCUGGAUGAUAGAUAUAGAUAAUACAGAUGAUGAUAUCAUAAUACUGAGUGACAUCAUCCCUGAAGCAAUGAUGUCACAGUGCAGAAGCAACCACGUCUUUAUCAAGAUUCCACAGCAGAGAAGCUCUGUGCCAAUCUGCUCAGCAAGAUGCUCCUCCCAGUGGCUUUCUAGGAGUAAGUCACAAACCCACUACGCGAUUUGGGCUGAAUUUUGGGAUGGGAAAUAGUGAAGAUCCCAUAUAGGCUACACAUGCCAUUGAAUGGGGACGGGAAAGCCCUGGUAGGGGCUAUUUGGUAUCAAGCCCAAAAAGGAGGGCUUGAGAGAAGGAUGUUUAGAAGGGAGGCAGGUCCCCUGGUGAUGUUGGCCUCGACUGGAGGGAUGAAAUGGUUCAGAUUUGGGGCUAAAUUGCUGCGUCCACCUUGUCUUGUGUUCACCCUCCUCUUGUUUCCACAGAGGAAGUGAGCUGAGCAGCACCACCAGAGAGAAUGCUUCGUUUGAUCAGCACUAGACUGAGUGUCCGCUGGAGGAGGCAACUUUGGGCACAAGCUCUGGCUACGCCCCACUUCAGGCUGACAUCGCCUCCAUACUGUAUAACACAUCAAAAAGAGGGAUACUCAAGUCAAGCAAACAAGGAAUCCACAUCCUUUGUCAUGAACCUGUUCAAUGGGCAGUUUGUACCUGACAAUGUUUUUCCUUUCCCCUCAGUGCUCUCAAUGGAGCAGAUGCAGUCCCUGCAAGCCCUGGUAGAUCCCUGCACCCGCUUCUUCGAGGAGGUUAAUGAUCCUGUGGAGAACGAGAAACUGGAGAGCAUUGAGACAGCUACCCUGGAAGGGCUGAAGGAGAUGGGAGCCUUUGGGCUGCAGGUUCCUGAGGAGCUGGGGGGAAUUGGGCUGACGAACACCCAGUAUGCUCGGGUCGUGGAGGUGGUUGGAGUGCACGACCUUGGUGUGGGCAUUAGCCUCGGUGCUCAUCAGUCAAUCGGCUUUAAGGGAAUCCUGCUCUUUGGGACCCAGAGUCAGAAGGAGAAAUACCUGCCCAAACUAGCAUCUGGGGAGACCAUGGCUGCCUUCUGCCUGACAGAGCCAUCGAGUGGCUCAGACGCGGCAUCUAUUAAAACCCUCGCCGAGCUCAGCGAGUGUGGGAAAUUCUACACGCUGAACGGUGGGAAAAUAUGGAUCAGUAAUGGAGGCACAGCUGAGAUCUUCACAGUGUUCGCCAAGACCCCAGUAAAGGAGCCAACAGGGGAAGUGAAGGACAAAAUCUCAGCCUUCAUUGUGGAGAGAGCAUUUGGGGGAGUGACCAGUGGCCCCCCGGAGAAGAAGAUGGGGAUCAAGUGUUCCAAUACAGCUGAAGUGCACUUUGAUAAUGUGAAGGUGCCAGCAGAAAAUCUGCUUGGGGAGCUUGGAAAAGGCUUCAUGGUCGCCGUGAACAUAUUGAACAAUGGGCGCUUUGGGAUGGCCUCCGCCCUGGCAGGCACCAUGCGUGGAGUAAUCGUCAAAGCUGUUGAUCAUGCUGCUAAUCGUAAGCAGUUUGGAGACAAGAUCAGCAACUAUGGGGCUAUUCAGGAGAAGAUUGCACGGAUGGCCAUGCUCCACUAUGUUACAGAGUCGAUGGCCUACGUGGUGAGCGCCAACAUGGACAUGAAGGUGCCCGAUUACAAGCUUGAAGCUUCAAUCAGCAAGAUUUUUGCCUCAGAAACUGGUGUUGAAAGAGUCUUGAGGGACCUGAGGAUUUUCCGCAUUUUUGAGGGCACCAAUGAUAUCCUUCGCUUGUUUGUGGCACUGACGGGCAUUGAGUAUGCUGGGGUCCAGUUAAAGAAUCUGCGAACAAUUAUCAUGAAUCCAUCAGGGAAAACUGAGACCAUCCUAAAAGAUAUCGGGAUGAGAGCAAAGCGUAAAGUUGGGAUUCCCACUGGCUUGUCUCUGGAGGGAAUCGUUCACCCAGGCCUGGACAACAGUGCAUACCUGGUGACGAAGGCCAUUGACUUGUUUGGUGAAGCUGUUGAGAGCCUCCUGCUGAAGUACGGCGAGAAGGUGACAGACCAACAGUUUCAUCUGAAACGCGUGGCCGACGCUGCCAUUGACAUCUAUGCCAUGGCUGUGGUGAUCUCCAGGGCCAGCCGCUCUCUGUCUCUGGGACAACCCACCGCUGAGCACGAGAAGCUCUUGUGUCAAACAUGGAGCCAUGAGGCAUUUGAGCGAGUGAGAGAGAAUCUCCGAGCAGUGAAAUCUUCUACGUGGAAUCAGUCCUUUGCUAACAUGAAGCUAAUAUCUAAUGCUGUUGUACAGAACCAAGGGAUCCUAGCCACCCACCCUCUGGGCUUCUGAACAGAAAUGGUGCUUUGGUUGACAAUAAGCAACAGCUACACAUCCUAUUAUAUAGAAAAAUAUUACAUUACACGCUGUUUGCUUCUGUCUAGCCCUGGCUGUGAGAAAACCAAUACUGUGUCACAGCGUCACUGCAUGCGGACUGCAGCAAGGGGCCAUGCGUCUGUCCCGCUCUCUGAGAACCCUGAGCACGUGGACAUAAAGCCCCCUCCCCUGUGGGUUGUUGGGGCAGCCUGCAUAGAUACCAGCUCCCCCCUGCUCCUCCGUCCUGGUCAAGGAGAUUAAUUUGGGCCACAUGGGUUCCAGCUGAGACCAGGUGUUAACUGCCUCUUGCCUGCACCCUUCUAGCCUGCUCUGGGGGGUCUCAUUGAGGCCUUUGCUGGGGGAGACAGAAGGUCACCCCAAGGUGCUCUGAGCCAUGGCUGCUAGCGCCCCCCAUUGUGUCCCUGGUUCUCUGGGGGAGGAAGAGAGGAUCCUGGCUAAGUCAGUGCACAGACUCCUGGCCAUCUCCCCGCUCUCCUGCCUCGUCCAUCACCAAGUCCUGCUGUUGGGUGAGCCUGGGGGUUCGUGACCGUUGGCCGAGGGUUUUACUGACCCUGGCACAGGGGACUGUGAGCUUCUCACUGUCUUUACAUGCCAUGUGAGGUGAGCUCUGGUUUGGUAGGCUGGGAUCUCACUAAGGGGCUGACUCAGCCCACAUCUCUGAGUCCAGGCUGGUGCCUUCUCCAGCCCCGGCUGUCUGCAGUGUAGGAUUGCACGGGCAUGCUGGCCCUCGGGGCCAGUCUCUAUGGCUGUCUCUUGGGGAAACGCUACCAGCCACCUGCAGCUCAUGCAGAGAUUAGAUUUUGCCUGCUUGUGGGCUGAUGCAAGGGGAAAGUCCAGGCAAGCAGAACUUGGCAGGGCUAGCUUAGGUCACGUGUGGUGGAUGUGGGCCCCGGGGCUGCCAGGGGAGCUGGAAACAAAAGGGCUGGUAUUCUGGGAGCCCAUGUUCUCCAGCGUCUGGUGGCACAUUCCUGCAGCCAUCAGCCUGCAGGCCCUGGGGGCGCAGCCCAGUGACUCUGUGAGGCACACGUCACUUGGGGCAUGUGCACCGGGCUUUGCUCACAGAAGACUGCAUGGUAUCAGCUGUGGGAACAUUGAGAACUGCUAAGAGGCUGCUGCAUUUCCAUGAUGACUGGGACAAGCCCUGCUUCUGAUGCAUGUUGAGGGCUUUGUCCUCUUUGGCUGACGUGAGCUGUGCACCCAGCCCCAGGUGCCAGGAAUAGCUGGGGCCCUGGUGACCGAAUUCAGCAGAGCUGAUUUAGGUCAGAUAUUAA